GCAGUCUCUCAAAAAAGUCCUUGUUUAAAACCAUUCAUAUUUAUUUCUCCAAACACAAAUAUUCCUCCCAAGAAAAUGGAAAAUUGUAACAAUGGAUCUACAGUUAUUACUGAAUAUGAAGAUCUAUUACCAGUGAUGGCUGACAAGCUCGAUGUCGAGACGUUUGUAUCGGAGCUUUGUGGUGGGUUUAGGCUGUUAGCUGACCCCGAGAAACGGAUGAUCACGUCCGAGAGUUUGAGGAAGAACUCGGCUUUGCUUGGAAUGGGAGAGAUGAGUAGUGAAGACGCGGCAGCUAUGGUGAGAGAAGGUGAUCUUGAUAGAGAUGGGAUGCUCAAUGAGAAAGAGUUUUGUAUUCUGAUGGUCAGGCUCAGUCCUGGGAUGAUGGAAGAUGCAGAAAUGUGGCUUGAUAAAGCACUUCAACAGGAACUUCGAUCACCAUCUGUUUAGAAUUACUGACUUUUUAUGUAGGUUUGUAACAUUGUAUUACAUGCAUCAUGCAUGAAGAACUUUUUGUGGAUGAAUGAAUGUCAAUUGCAGUUUCAAAUAGUCAUCCAAUGAUAAGAUCUCAGAAUUAGCACA